GCUCCGCGUUAUUGUCCGGUGUAGGUCGCCGUCGUUUGUUCCGUUUUGAUAAUCGGGUCUGCGACGAUAUAUACACAGUUUAGCGAUACUUGCGGCUUUAAUUAAAAUACUUAAAUAGAUAGUCGGUUCAAAGCUUUGCAAUAGGAACGUCUGGACGACUGGUUCUCGUAGCGCCGUUUAACAUUAACGUACAACAACUCUAUGUAAACAAUACGAUGAGGACGACAAAACGUUCCCUUUGACAUACGGAAACAAACAAUCCUAACCAGAGAUUUGUGGGUUUUUACCGGUACAGUUCUGUUCGUUUAAGUGUAGAAGAGCGUCGCUGCCUCCUAUGGAGUCCCUGAACACGUUCGAAGCUGAGAUGGAGGCCGAUGGACAGGGGAGCUAUUCGCUGUUUCCAGCCUUGGACAGCAUUGCAAGUCUGUCGGGCACCGCUGAAACUCUGGAGAGGUUGUCAAAAAUUGAACAACCAACAGAAAUUGCAGAGAAGCCAAACCUGACAUGGCUGGAUGCUGCACAGAUUGUCUUGGAGGAAGCGGGGCGUCCCAUGCACAUAAAGGAGAUUAAACAGAGAAUCAUUGACAGGGGUCUUGUUCAAUCAAAUGCAAAAUCAAGCCUGGAAGCUGUCAUGUACCGUGAGACACAAAAAGGCAGCAGGAGAUUCAAGAGGAUUGAGAACAGAAAUGGAGUCUUUGCACUGCUGAAUGAUGAGGAGCGACAACAGGCCCUGCAGGCCUUCACUUCACAGUCUUUCCUCGGCUCUCCGCAGCAGCACACCAUCUCCAGCAGUGGCUCAGGUACCUCAGCACCCGCCUUCCCGUCUCCCACUAGUUCCUCUGACCACAGGGUCAAGAUGAAGAGAGGGCAACGGAAAAACCAGAACGAAAAGUACAGACUCAAGUAUCUCAGGCUGCGCAAAGCUGCUCGGGCGAUGAUAUUUGAGAAUGCAGCUCUCUGCGAUGAAGUUGCCCACUUAGAAGAGAAGUUUCUGAGAGCAAAGGAGGAGCGGAGGUUUCUACUGAAGUCAUUGUUGCAGUACCAGUCUUUGUCGGAGGGAGAGAUGCUGCCCACGCUAAGCUCAAGCUCUCAUCCACCCGUGCCACCGGUGGCAUUAACCUCAGGUUCGGCAGGAGCUUCGGGCUUGUCUGGGGCACACAACCUGUCAUCAGCGAUGUCGACGGGGGAAGAAGGACCUCUCAAAAAACCCAAGAAAGAGAGGAAAGAGCGAGGCAGGGAGAAUGGAAAGGAAGAAUUAGUUCCAAAAAAGAUUUCUAAGAAGAAAAAACUUGCAGAUGGCUCUCGGAAACUGGUGCAGCCUAUUCCUUUGGAUUCAUCUGGUCGUCCCGUCUUCCCCAUUGUACUGGGAGGUCUAACGAUCUACAGUCUGGGAGAGAUCAUCACAGACAGAAUGUUUUUCCAUGAUGAGUGUGCCAUCUACCCGGUGGGCUUCUGCAGCACACGAGUCUUUGCCAGCAUGAAAAAUCCUGACCAGCAGUGCCUCUACACCUGCCAAAUCAAGGAUGGAGGCACAGGUCCACAGUUUGAAAUAGUGCCUGAAGAAGAUCCUCAGAACGCCAUCGUGGCCUCCUCUGCCCUGACGUGUCACUCCAACCUGCUGAAGGCCAUCGCGUCUGUCAGUUCCAAGUCAGUGGCACCAAUCGUGCCAUCAGGCGCAGACUUCUUUGGCUUCUCUCACCCCACCAUCCAAAAUCUCAUCCAGAGCUGUCCUGGAGCUCGGAAAUGUAGCAACUACAGGUGGAUUCGGUUUGAUGUCUGCCGUCCUGGUGAUGGUCAGGUUCCUCACAGCCUCUCAGAGGAUGAUGCCUCUGUUAACUUUGAUGCCUAUCAGAGACACCAAGGAUUUGAUGAUGGCAUCAAGACAGACCACAUUACAGGACAGACAGCGCAGUCUCCUAGCUCAUCUCAUCAGCACCACCUGACUUCUUCAGCCAUGAUGCCCUCUACCUCAUAUUUUAGCUCCUGAUUGCCUGAUGCUUUAUGGCACAAUCCUUCUUUCAGUCUUACACAAAAGACAAAAUGACUUGGUCAAGAAAUUUUUUCGUGUAAUGAACCUGUUCAAAAUUAUGCAAUUUAUCAUCCAUCUUCUAGCUAUACAGUCAUGCUGUGAAUGUCUGCUAGCACAGUUAAUACUAAUAUACUGGAUGUGUGCCUCAUCUCCCAGUACAAAACACCUUCAAAAUGUGUGGCUGCUCUAAGCACCUGCGCUGGAUUGGAUUCUGGAGUUUAAGUUGACGUUAUGAGUUGACGUAACUGUGGAUUACAUAGAAAAAAUAUAUAGAUUCCAUGUUUGACAUAGAAAUAUUGAUUUGUCAUUUAUUAGUUCAAAUUACAGAACCAACGGCUUUGUAAAGCCGUUAGAUUCUGUAAGUACUUCACAACGAUGCUCCAUUGUUCAGGCCGAUCUGUUAAAGAAACUAAAGACAUUGUGUGACUGGUGUGCUAGACUGGAAUUGGUAAAGUUAUCAACCCUAAAGGUAACAUCUGCUCUUUUGUAAGAUCUGUACUUCUGAAAUGUUGCAAAUAUUAAACCUGGCAACACAAAAGUCAAAAUAUACUGUGUAACACAUCUUUACACAUCUGUGUCAGCACAUCUUGUAUCUUGGGCUCUUGGAAACACUGACAAUAAAUGUUAUUCCUGGUAAAGCAA